GCAGCUCCUCAAGACUGAAGGAGAUCAUCGACAGACACACACACACAGAGGUGGAACUUCAUUCAGUGUGUGUUUCAUACAGUUGCUGAUCUGUGAGUGUGUGAGUGUGAUGAUGAGCGUCUCGCUGUGUGCUGCGCUCCUGGUGUGUGUGUGUGUGUGUGUGAGCGAGAGCUGCACCUGUUUUCCAGCUCAUCCACAGGAGUUAUUCUGCAGUUCUUCGAUAGUGAUGCGAGCUGAGGUAACUGGGGAGAAGAUCUUACCCGGAGCGACAAAUAUAGACGGCAUGGGAGAAGUUCAAUAUGACAUCAAAGUGAUGAAGGUGUUCAAAGGUUCUUCUGACAGAAUAAAGAAAAUCAAGCAUGCCUCUACUAGUGAGAUGUGUUCAAUGUGUGGGAUCAGACUGGAUCACGGCCAGUAUCUGCUGUCAGGAGAGUUCAUGUAUGAUGAGGGAAUCUCCAUUACAUUGUGCGACCUCAUUGUGCGCUGGGACAGUCUCUCCUUAAUGCAGAAGAACCACAUCAAAUACAGAUAUCAGAAGGGCUGUGACUGCAAGAUCUCCAGCUGCACUGAUCAGCCCUGUCAGCCCAGCUCUGAGAGCGAGUGUGUGUUUGUCGAAUUGUCUUCCUCAUGGUCAAAGUUCGCCUGCAUCAGAAACAGCGGCGGCUCCUGCAGCUGGUACACAGGAACGGCCAAAAACCACACACACACACACGCCUGAUGUCUGCAAACCAUACACGCACACAC